UAUCAAUCAAUGAAUGUGUCAGGUAAUUUGAAAAAUGUCAAAUAGAAAAUACUGUUCUGACUUUUGUGAUGGAAUUCGUGUUUUUCGUAACUGCUAUCAUAUUUUAUACCACCAAAUGUACAGCUGUGGAUCAGAUGAGUAAAACUGAAGAAAGUGAAAAUACUAAUGAAAACGUUGAUAUAUUCACGACAUGUUACGAAGAACUUGGUUGCUUGCGUACAGAUUCUAAGUGGUAUCAUAGAAAAUACAGACCAGUCAAUUUGAGACCCGUCGAACGCCAUAUAAUCAAAACUGAUUUCUUGUUGUUGAAGAGAAGCAAACAGGACCCGGAGAGUUUGCUGUAUAAUAGUUUUAUUGCUAAAUAUGGGUCGAUUAAAGCCGUUGGUUUCAACAACGAAUCAGAACUUAUGAUUCUUAUACACGAUUUCACUGCAAAUGGUUAUACUGGAUGGGUGAAGGUAACAUUGAAUAUUUGAUAAGUUUCAAAGUCGCUAUGCGAUUAAUUUCAAAAUGAAUUUUUCACAAAGAUGUAUAGAUUCGGCGACUUCAAUGUCCACAAUAUAGAAUGACUCAAAUUAUCAAAUAUCAACGACGAACAAGGUCGCGAAGAUGAGGCUUUUGCAAAGAGCAGCGAACUUACUCGAAUUAUAAAUGAACCA